CUUGAAUUCAUAACAGCCUUCAAACUUACAAAGGAAAUGACAAAUAUAUACAGAAGAGAAUCACCAAACUGUGAAAACCAUUUCAGAGACUUAAAGAGGUAUUAGAAGACAAAAUACAACAGUCAAGCUAACUUAAGUUUAGUACUACUAUCUAGUAUCUGAAUCAUUUGCCAAAUAGUCAAAAUGAUGAAAAACAACAAGUAUGGGUUAAUGUCUCAUGAGGUUCCACCAGUUACAUCAGACAAUGGGACAUCUGAUAAAUCCCUAGAGAUAGGUGAUGGAGAAUCCAAUGCAGAAGCACGUAACAAAGCCUGGUUGGACAAAAAAGCACUUAUUCUUGCAGUGCUACUCAUUAUAUGUGGCACUCUCGUCAUUAUCUUAGGAAUCGUAGUUGACAGCAUGAGGACAUACACAUUUUUUAAAGCGAUCCCUGACUUUAUCUUAGCAUCAUUAAUGAUUGUAACAGGUAUCAUCGGGAUUUUUGCAGCAAAACGCAAAACCAAACCGUUCAUUAUCACCCUGAUGGUGCUAACAAUAAUCACGAUUGUGAUAUCUUGUUUAUUAAUUAUGCACCAUGGCACUGGAAUUAAAAUCGAAAGUAGAACCGCCAUACGUAUCAGUCAAGUUUCGCUACCAAAUUAUAACUGCACCCAUCAUUACGAAUGGAAAGAUGAUGUGUACUGCUACAUACACCCCAGAUCUAAUGAGACAUUUACUUGGAAACGAGUUGCGAAAGAUCAGGCAUAUCAAACGAAAUUGACCGCAUUGCAUUGCACAUUAAUGCUACUGUCUCUAGCAGCUGCAGUCAUCUGUAUUGUAGCUUCAGGUCUGACAUGUAAAGCGACAUGCUGUGCACCUACCCCACCAGUGAAGAUAGUAUAUAUACCUGUAGACAGUAGCGUGACAAUCACAUCUCUACCCAACCAAACUUAGGGCUAUGAUAACUAUCUCACUGAAUAUGGUGACCAUCAGCUUUAUGAUCGAACGCGACAAUUUUGUCCAAAAAUGACUACUGGUCCUAUGAAUAUUGGCUCUACAUCGAUAACUGAGAGUAAUAACAUUGAAGCAGGGGACAAUGUAUGAAUACUGAGAUAGAUUACUAAAAGAAAAUGCAUGUGUCGUAUUAUGUACAUAUAAACACUUCAUAGUCAUAGUCCAAUUGUCAUGUCACAACCAAGAGGAAUGACAUAUACAUGUAAUUACAACCUCUGUUUUUCGUGACAGAAUUCAGUUAUGUUCUUGCCUUAUAUUCAGUUGUAUACCUAGCAUUUGUAUGGACGUCAAUGGGAAAGUUAGCGGGC